UCUGUGUUCACAAUAAUUUUUGACAAGUCUCACCAAAUUUCAAAAUGAUUAACAUCAAAUAUCCCAUGCUCUUGAUAUAAAAAAAACCAUGAAGUUCACCAAAAAAAUUCAACCACACUCAAACCUUGACCUCAUAUGCCUUUCACACAAGACCGACAAAAGUCAUGUAUCGCAAUGGAACGAUGAAUGUUGUCCAAGAUGGAAAAUCAAGAAAAAAAAUCCUGACGACACUUGCUUACCAACUUUGAGAAUAACCGAAACUCAUCCUAUUUGGGAAUGCAGGGUACCAGAACCAAAUAAAUCUUGUGGAGGUACAAACAGAGAUUUGGACCCAAGAUGCAUGCCCAUAGUUGGAGGCUAUGAUCAUCCACAUGUUGUUUUCUUUGACGACUAUACUUAUAUUGUUAAGAUAGAGUUCCCUGAAAUGUACUAGUUUAGUGUGGCAAUUGAUCAAUAACAUUAGAGCAUUGGAAAUUUGUAAUUUUCAUUUCAUCAUUGGAAUUUACUCGGAAAAAUUAGUAGAUAACAGAGUACUGAAAUACUAGGUGUGCCACCAUUAGCACAAAAUAACAAGAACAAGACAUCAAUCGAAAGACGUAAACUCAAAGAAAGAAUCGAAAAAAAUAAUAUACAAUUUGUGUCAUUGUUAACCAAUCUUCAGUGUAGCGUAACACAAUGUGCAAUUUAGCUUUAAGAUUCAUGGAGACAAAACUGGCUUCUUCAGAGGGUUUGGAAAAAUCUCCUCACCAAGAUUGUUCCCUAGAAAGCACAUGUCUGUUUAGUCGUUGAAUAGAAUUUUAAAAUUACCGGUACAAAUUAUUAUGAUUACAUGAAUGAGAAAAGCGUUCUGCAUGUCAUAAACAUUGACAUACGUCAAACCCAAAUAUUCCUCAAAAACUAACUCGCAUCCUAUGGGCUCAUAUAUAACAACAAUAUUCAAAAGAUUGUUCCACUUUCCAAUACAAAGGAAACCUAUAUGUUAUUACAGACAAGAGGACUUCUCCUCCACAGGAGUGCCCUUGUUACGUUCUAAACUGAAAAAGAAAGCCUCAAUGAAGAGGACUGAUUUGGACGAUUUUCAAAUGAAGUUUUAUUCGAAUCUGUUGAGGGAAAGGAGGUUGAACAGGGAACAAAAGGGAAGAUCCUCCAGCAUGAAGCAAUCUGUUAGAGAUUAUCCAGGUUGGGAUGAAACAACCCUGUCCAAUAUUCACAGCUUGUUCCUAUUGUUCAAUAACAGAGAAAACGGAAUGUUGAACUUCAUUAACUUUUCAGCAAUUUUAGAGAGUUUGGGUGAUACAAACACUUAUGAGGAAAAGAGGAAACAUUUUGAUCUUGCUGAUUCGGACAAAGAUGGAUGGUUAAGUUAUGAUGAUUUUGUAAAGUUGAUGUUCUAUAUGAACCCCAUCGAUCCCGACACUCAAGAAAUAACUGGGGUGGCGAGGCUCUGCAGAGAAACAGCUGAUAAUAUUAAAUUUGUGACGUCACUAAGAGUUGGUGAGCAGUUGGAAUAUGGCCUUUUUUGAUGUUUUUAAGGUUUGGUUAAUAAAAAAUAAGUAACACUGAA